AUGGCAGCCUCACUCCAAGCAGCUGCUACGCUUAUGCAGCCCACCAAGGUGGGCGCGCCGGCAAGGACCAGCCUUCAGCUCAGGUCCUCCCAGAAUGUCUCCAAGGCCUUUGGCUUGGAACCAUCUGCCUCUGCUAGGCUCACUUGCUCUCUGCAGUCUGAUCUCAAGGACUUUGCUCACAAGUGUGUUGAUGCCUCCAAGAUUGCUGGCUUUGCUCUUGCUACUUCUGCCCUCGUCGUCUCGGGAGCAGGUGCAGAGGGAGUUCCAAAGAGGCUGACCUUUGAUGAAAUUCAGAGCAAGACAUACUUGGAAGUGAAGGGGACAGGAACUGCAAACCAAUGCCCAACAAUUGAUGGAGGGUUAGAAGCCUUCGCCUUCAAGCCGGGCAAGUACACUGCCAAGAAGUUCUGCCUAGAGCCCACAUCCUUCACUGUCAAGGCAGACAGUGUGAGCAAGAAUGCUCCACCAGAGUUCCAAAACACCAAGCUGAUGACCCGUCUAACCUACACCCUCGAUGAGAUCGAAGGGCCUUUCGAAGUGUCCCCAGAUGGCACUCUCAAGUUUGAGGAGAAAGAUGGGAUUGACUAUGCUGCAGUCACAGUCCAGCUCCCCGGAGGCGAGCGUGUCCCUUUCCUCUUCACCAUCAAACAGCUUGUAGCCUCAGGCAAACCCGAAAACUUUGGAGGGGAGUUUCUAGUGCCAUCGUACCGCGGUUCUUCUUUCUUGGACCCAAAGGGUAGAGGAGGCUCCACUGGUUAUGACAACGCCAUUGCAUUGCCAGCAGGAGGCAGAGGAGAUGAGGAGGAGUUGGCCAAGGAGAACAUCAAGAAUACUGCUUCAUCAAAAGGGAAGAUCACACUGAGUGUGACCAAGAGCAAGCCUGAGAGUGGAGAGUUGAUUGGAGUGUUUGAGAGCAUCCAGCCAUCUGAUACUGAUUUGGGAGCAAAGACUCCAAAGGAUGUCAAAAUCCAGGGAGUCUGGUAUGCUCAGCUUGAUUAA